CUCAGGAGCUGAUUGAAAAUCUGCCCAUGGUGCCAGAGCCAACCUCCAUCAUCUCCAGCUCCAUGGCUGCAGUUUGCAGCCUCAGCAAACUGAAGCCGACGCUUGCCCUGGAGCUGGAAUCACGCCUCCUGCGGGCUCUUCUUUACACCAACUUCACCAUGGGCACUGGGCAGGAUACCACCCACUUACGGGCUCUGCACAAUACCUAUUUACAGAGCCUGGAUGCCAUGCUCGGGUGCCUGCUCACCGAGACCCCCACCACAGACAAGCUGCAGCACCUCUUGGAGCAUGUCCAUUUCUGGCUCCACUCCAAAAACACCCAGGAGAGAGCUAGAACCAUACGGAGCAGCACUGCCCUGCUCCAAUUCGCCACCUCCCUCCCAGGAUUUGACACCUCCUCCGAUUUCCCCAAGGCGGGCAACUUUGUGCUGCAGCUGGGUUUGUACAUCUCUGACCCAGCCAACGACAUCAGCCAGCAAGCCAGAAGUGGGAUAUAUUGGCUGCAGAGGCUCCUGCUGCAGAGGAGGGGGUUGAACAUCUAAGAGGUGAGCGAUCUGUGGUGUCGGGACGGGCUCCAAGACACCGUGCGCCUGGCCUACAGAAAUAUGGCCAGGGUGGGGGAG